GAAGUCAGGAAGCUGCUUGCCUGUGCUGUGACAGCGGUAUCAGAAGCACAGUUGCAUUUAAAAAAAACGCCUUUUCCGGUGUAAAAUAAACCCCUCAAAACCGCCACCGACAUGUCGAAGAACACCGUGUCCGCCCGCUUCAGGCGAGUGGACGUGGACGAGUACGACGAGAACAAAUUUGUGGACGAGGAGGACGGAGGAGAAAACCAGCUGGGUCCCGACGAGGCAGAGGUGGACUCCCUCAUCAGACAAGGAAAUCUCAUGGAGGCUUUACAUGCAGUUCUGAAGAACCCACCAAUCAACACAAAGAACCAGAAUGUCAAGGACCGUGCUGAGGGUUUGGUGCUGAAAGUGCUCAGCGCCUUUAAGAGCAGUGACAUUGAGAAAGGGGUGCAGUCUCUCGAUAAGAACGGCGUGGACCUUCUGAUGAAAUACAUAUACAAAGGCUUCGAGAGGCCGUCAGAAAACAGCAGCGCCGUCCUACUGCAGUGGCACGAAAAGGCUCUGGCAGCUGGAGGAGUGGGCAGCAUCGUCAGGGUACUAACAGCGAGGAAGACGGUCUAAAAGAGGAGCAGAGGAUCGGUUCACUCCACAUCACUGACAGACACAGGGAGGAGCACUGUACUGUACUGUUCAUGUAAUACAACAGAUGGCACAGGAGCUAAAAG